UUUUCAAAUAUAAGUUAGAAUAUUUCUCAAGUUUAUCUCUCAAGUUUUUACAUUUGCUAAAAUUUAAGGUUAAAAAAUCUAAAUUAAUAACGGUUCUGAAUUUAACGUUUCCAUCUAACCUACAAGUCAAUUUUGGUAUCUAGAAUGACACGAACCCAAAAAUUAACUACACCAUGGCGAAUUCGUACCAAAGCUAUACUUAAGACUAGAAAUAAGGAAGCAAGGUUUACAUCAUCCUCUGCUGAAAGUUCGAAAAUGAAAGCAAAAAUCAAAGAAAUCAUAGUAAAAAGCAUCAACUUAAUCGAAAAUAUGGAUGACCCAAUAUUGGUAAGAAAAAAAAAUUUUCAAGGAAAACGUAAAGGAGCUUGUAAAAUUAUUAAGAGUAAAACUCAUCACAAAGAAUUACAAAAAAAGACUAAACGAAAACAAAAAGCUAAUAUAAAAAACCCUAUUUCUUCUUGUGAGUCUUCUGAUUUACCGGCGCCUAGAAAGAGAAACAAACCAGAAGACAACCAAGUAAUUGGGCCUACCAGAGGCGUUAAACGUAAAUUAGCUGAUGUAAAUGGAGUAGAACAAAAUGAAAAUGUUGAAUUUAAUGCUCCCGCACAGAAGAGACAAAAACGUGAUGUUGAUACCAAUAUUGUUCAGCUAUAUUAUCCUAAAUCUAAACAGAAAAGAAUGAUUGCCAAAAAAAAAUAUUUGUCGCGUCGGGAAGAAAUACGUAGCACUCCUCCAUUGACCAGAGCACGAAAACGAAUGAUGCCCCAGGAAAAAUUAUGGGAAUUUAUUGACCCGCCGAAAAGACGUUGAACUGUGAACCUCAAAGUUUAUAAAAGACUUAUGCAAAAUUUAGAAACUGAAAAAAAAACCUCAAAAUUCAAAAAUGUGAUCUAUAAUCGACUAUGCGAAAUCUUUCAAUAGAAUUAUAUAUAAUUUUUAAUUUCAACAAAAUUUUAUUAAUAAAAAUUUGGGGUAUAUAAUGAAGAAUAUUUUACACUAGCAAUAUUAAACUAAAAAAGUAACACACAACAUAAUUAUGUAAAAUACCAAGUCAAAAAAUGUUAAUCAAUCAAAGUACGCCGAAAAAAUCAUUUCAUAUAUAUUCCUUGAAAUAUAAAACUAUUAAAUCAAAAAUAGGUCGGACCCUCCCUUCUGAAAAAUGUAACUGAAAGCCACAAGUCAACGAAACCUAUUUUAUAUACAAAAAAUGUCAAAAAUCAAAUUCCUUUUCAAAACAUGAUUAGUAUAAAAUAAGUAUAGCAUAAAAUCCUGGAAUAAUUAUUAUAAAAAAUUAAA